AUGUCGGCUUCUUAUCAGAUGAGAGACCAGACAUCGAUGUUCCAAAGAAUUGUCCAACAAUACUCGAGAAAUGCGAUUGUAGUGCUGACCGCCGGAUUGGUCGUUUCUAUCUACGGUUUAUAUGUUGAAAUCAGCUCCGAAGCUAACCCGAAUUAUCGUGCCGCGUGUGAUUUAAGCGCUUUGAUCUCGUGCACAAAAGCUCUCAAUUCGGAAUACGGGCGGGGCUUUGGCUUAAUCGGAAAAGUUUUUGGUGAUGACAGCAUUUUAAAUCAGAAAAAUGCCGUCUACGGUACUGUCGGCUUCUCUGUGCUCGGCGUAUUGCAAUUAAGCCAAUCCGAUUUCUCGACCAUCAUCUCGUUACUUGCCGCCAUUUUAAUGAACAUUUCGACUGUUUACCUUUUCAUCGUUCAACUUCAUUUGAAAACGAUUUGCCUCGUUUGUUAUUCGAUUUACACAGUGAACUUUCUGUUUCUCAUCGUUACUUUGAAAAGAAAUGAUGCCAUUUAUAAAAUGAAAAAUCAAAAACAAAAGGAAAAAAAGAAU